CCCCUCCCUCGGGGCCCCCCCGCCCCCCUCGGGAAAAUAAAUCCAUCCCCAGUCACAGCACUCGAAGGAGGCUGCCUUCUACCCUCGGGAAGAGGCGCGCCGCACGCUCCCUCUGCUCCGUCGGCCCCCAGCCCCCGCGCCCGCCCCUGCUCCCACCCCCUCGCCCGGCGGCGGGUGCAAGGUCCCUUUAAGGCGCCGGCGCCGGCCUCGGGUCAGACCAGCGGCGGCGACGACCACGGGAGCAUGGCGGACACCGACCUGUUUAUGGAAUGCGAGGAGGAGGAGCUGGAGCCUUGGCAGAAGAUCAGCGAUGUCAUUGAGGACUCGGUAGUGGAGGAUUAUAAUUCAGUGGAGAAGACAGCUACAGCUGGCAAUUCUUUAGUCCAACAAAGUGGGCAGCCCCUGAUCUUAACUCAGAAUCCAGCGCCAGGUCUGGGCACAAUGGUCACUCAGCCAGUGUUGAGACCUGUCCAGGUCAUGCAAAAUGCCAAUCAUGUGACUAGUUCCCCUGUGGCCUCACAACCAAUAUUCAUCACCACACAGGGAUUUCCUGUAAGAAAUGUCCGGCCUGUACAAAAUGCAAUGAAUCAGGUUGGGAUUGUGCUGAACGUACAGCAAGGCCAAACGGUUAGACCAAUUACACUAGUCCCAGCCCCAGGUACACAGUUUGUUAAGCCGACAGUUGGAGUUCCACAGGUGUUCUCCCAGAUGACCCCUGUGAGGCCGGGCUCCACGAUGCCUGUGCGCCCCACCACCAACACCUUCACCACGGUCAUCCCGGCAACUCUCACCAUCCGCAGCACCGUGCCACAGUCCCAGGCCCCACAGACCAAGUCCACACCCAGCACCUCCACCACCCCCACUGCCGGACAGCCAACCUCUCUGGGGCAGCUAGCUGCUCCACCCACGGGCCAGUCUAACCAGAUCCCCAAUCCCAAGUUAGCUCCCUCCUUCCCCUCUCCACCCGCAGUGAGCAUUGCCAGCUUCGUCACUGUGAAGCGACCUGGUGGUACAGGGGAAAACAGCAACGAAGUGGCCAAACUGGUGAAUACUCUUAACACCAUUCCCUCCCUGGGCCAGAGUCCUGGGCCGAUGGUGGUAUCCAACAACAACUCUGCCCACGGCUCUCAGAGAUCCAGCGGAUCUGAACCUUCAAUGAAAGUGACCUCUUCCAUCCCAGUGUUUGACCUUCAAGAUGGUGGACGGAAAAUAUGUCCAAGGUGUAAUGCUCAAUUCCGUGUCACUGAAGCUUUGAGAGGCCACAUGUGUUACUGUUGUCCAGAAAUGGUUGAGUACCAGAAGAAAGGAAAGCCUUCGGAUUCAGAAUCCAGUGUCCCCUCAACAGCAAAGCCUCCAUCUCCCGAGAAAACAGCACCUGUUGCUUCUACACCUUCAUCUACUCCUAUUCCUGCUCUCUCUCCACCUACCAAAGUAUCAGAGCCAAAUGAGAAUGUGGGUGAUGCUAUCCAGACCAAGCUCAUCAUGCUUGUAGAUGACUUCUACUAUGGACGAGAUGGUGGCAAAGUGGCCCAACUCACAAGCUUCCCUAAGGUUGCAACAUCUUUCCGGUGCCCACAUUGUACCAAGAGGCUGAAAAACAACAUUCGAUUCAUGAAUCAUAUGAAACACCACGUAGAACUCGAUCAGCAGAAUGGUGAGGUGGAUGGUCAUACUAUCUGCCAACACUGUUAUCGUCAGUUUUCCACUCCCUUCCAGCUCCAGUGCCACUUGGAAAAUGUUCAUAGUCCCUAUGAAUCAACUACCAAGUGCAAGAUCUGUGAGUGGGCGUUUGAAAGUGAGCCGCUGUUUCUCCAACAUAUGAAGGACACCCAUAAGCCUGGAGAGAUGCCAUAUGUUUGCCAGGUGUGCCAGUAUCGUUCCUCGCUCUACUCUGAAGUGGAUGUUCACUUCCGCAUGAUCCAUGAAGACACUCGGCACCUGCUCUGUCCAUACUGCCUGAAGGUCUUCAAAAAUGGCAAUGCAUUCCAACAGCACUACAUGCGGCACCAGAAGAGGAAUGUUUAUCACUGUAACAAAUGCCGGCUGCAGUUUCUUUUUGCCAAGGACAAGAUUGAACAUAAGCUUCAGCACCAUAAAACCUUCCGUAAACCCAAGCAGCUGGAAGGCUUGAAGCCAGGCACCAAGGUGACAAUCCGAGCUUCCCGAGGGCAGCCUCGAACCGUUCCUGUCUCCAAUGACACGCCUCCCAGCUCCUUGCAGGAAAUGCCCCCCCUGACCACCUCCACAGACCCUCUGCCUGUCUUUCUCUACCCUCCUGUCCAGCGCACAGUUCAGAAGAGAGCAGUCAGGAAAAUGAGUGUCAUGGGCCGCCAGACGUGCCUAGAGUGCAGCUUUGAGAUCCCCGAUUUCCCCAAUCACUUCCCCACCUACGUCCACUGCUCUCUGUGCCGCUACAGCACCUGCUGCUCCCGCGCCUACGCCAACCACAUGAUCAACAAUCAUGUUCCACGGAAGAGCCCCAAGUACUUGGCGUUGUUUAAGAAUGCUGUGAGUGGAAUCAAGCUGGCCUGCACUUCCUGUCCCUUUGUUACCUCUGUGGGAGAUGCCAUGGCCAAGCAUUUGGUGUUCAACCCCUCUCACCGAGCCAGCAGCAUCCUGCCACGGGGACUUUCCUGGAUGUCUCACUCAAGGCACAGCCAAACUCGUGACCGAGUGCAUGACCGGAACUUGAAGAAUAUCUACCCUCCUCCUUCCUUCCCGUCCAGUAAAGCUGCCACUGUGAAAUCUGCGGGGACCACCCCAGCUGAGCCCGAAGAGCUCCCCGCUCCCACGGCCCAGACACUCCCCUCCCCGGCCUCAACGGCUACCCCUCCCAGCACCCCGACUCCAGCUCAGCCUUCAGCCCUUCCGCCCGCGGCUGCAGAGGGGGCUACCUGUCUGAGUGUCGACGACCAGGAGGAGGGGAGCCCUCUCCCCCCGGAACCUGAGCCAGCGUCGGGAGGCGGGAGUGGCAGUGGGCUUGGCAGGAAGGAGCAGCUCUCCGUUAAGAAGCUCCGCGUGGUCCUGUUUGCCCUGUGCUGUAACACGGAGCAGGCGGCCGAACACUUUCGGAACCCCCAGCGCCGCAUCCGGCGUUGGCUGCGGCGCUUCCAGGCCUCCCAGGGUGAGAACCUAGAGGGCAAGUACCUGAGCUUGGAGGCAGAAGAGAAACUGGCCGAGUGGGUGCUGACCCAGCGAGAGCAGCAGCUGCCUGUCAACGAGGAGACCUUGUUCCAGAAGGCCACCAAAAUUGGCCGCUCCCUGGAGGGGGGCUUUAAGAUCUCCUAUGAGUGGGCUGUGCGCUUCAUGCUGCGCCACCACCUGACCCCUCACGCUCGCCGCGCUGUUGCCCACACCCUCCCGAAGGACGUGGCUGACAAUGCGGGACUCUUCAUUGAGUUUGUCCAGCGGCAGAUUCACAACCAGGACUUGCCCCUGUCCAUGAUCGUGGCUAUCGACGAGAUCUCCUUGUUCCUGGAUACGGAAGUGCUGAGUAGUGACGACCGGAAGGAGAACGCCCUGCAGACCGUUGGCACAGGGGAGCCUUGGUGUGAUAUGGUAUUGGCCAUUCUGGCAGACGGCACCGUCCUCCCCACUUUGGUGUUCUGCCGCGGACAGACAGGUCGGCCUGCUGAUGUGCCAGCCUCGAUCCUGCUCGAAGCCAAGGAGAGUGGCUACAGUGACGACGAGAUUAUGGAGCUGUGGGCCGCCCGGGUGUGGCGGAAGCACGCCACCUGCCAGCGAAGCAAAGGCAUGCUUGUGAUGGACUGCCACCGCACCCAUCUGUCAGAGGAGGUGCUGGCCAUGCUCAGCGCCUCCAGCACUUUGCCUGCAGUGGUGCCCGCGGGCUGUAGCUCCAAGAUCCAGCCUCUCGACGUAUGCAUCAAACGGACUGUCAAGAACUUCCUGCACAAAAAGUGGAAGGAGCAGGCCCGGGCCAUGGCGGACAUGACCUGUGAUUCUCACCUCCUACUUCAGUUAGUGCUGUCCUGGCUGGCUGAAGUCCUGGGUGUCAUCGGUGACUGUCCGGAACUGGUGCAGCGCUCCUUCCUCGUGGCCAGUGUGCUGCCCGGCCCGGACGGCAAUGUGAGCUCUCCCUCGAGGAACGCCGACAUGCAGGAGGAGCUGAUUGCCUCGCUGGAGGAGCAGCUGAAGCUGGGCGGGGAGCAGUCAGAGGAGGGCGCUGCCUCCACCCCUCGGCCCAGGUCUUCUCCCGAAGAGACAGUUGAGCCAGAAAGCCUUCACCAGCUCUUCGAGGGGGAGAGUGAGACCGAGUCCUUCUACGGCUUUGAGGAAGCCGACCUGGCUCUGAUGGAGAUCUGAGUGUGGGGAUCCGGAGGGGAUCGGAAUGGGGGUGGGAAAGUGUAAGAGGGUGGGUAGAGGGAGUUAGGGAAAAGGGGUAUGCCAGGUGGGGUAUUCUGUUUAUAUUUUUAAAUUUUAUGCCACCCUUCCUCCCCGCUGUUGGUUUCUACUCCCUGUGGAUUUUUGGGUUAUUAGGAAACCAAUCACAAUCACAUCUGAGCCCAGGAGCUGGCCUGUUGGUCAUUCACUUCUGCGAAAAACAGGUUUUGUGACUUUUUUUUUAUUAUUUAAAUCAUUGUGUUUGGUAUAUUUCUGACAAAAUCAAGAAAAAGAAAAAAAAUUCUUUGUGGGUGAAUGUUAGGUUUUUUUUGUUCUCUUUUUUACCUCACUUGUAUCAUACAUAGUGCAUUUGGGUUGUUUGUCUGACUGUGUGGCCGAUGUCUCUGGCAUGAUACUAUCCAGUCAUUGUCAGUGUGAGAAUAUUCCUGAAGAUGGGAAAAACAAAACUAUGUAGCUCACAAACUGGUUUAUUAUAUAUAUGGACAAAAAUCUUUUUUCAUUGUGGUCUUUAACUCUUUUAUAUAAAAAUGAAAAUGGAAAAAAAAUCCCACUGAACUCUUCUUUCUUUCCUUCCCUCUCCAGAGAUGUUGGUUUCUACAGCAACUCUGAGAUAAAAUUGUGGCUUUAAAAAUGCAUGAAAUCACCUUUAACCAUUCAGAGAGAUGAAUAUACUUGUUACUCCUUACAACCCUCCCUCCAGCAAAACAUGACAAAACCAUUAUUAUUUGCACUUGCAAACCUUGGUCCCUCUCCCCAUUCUCACACCAUCACUCUGGACAGAGGAUCGUCCAUGUGCCAGUAGCAAGGCUUUGGGGGAGCCCUCAGAAUAUUGGGGUGGCAGCCAUACAGUGUGGGUCUCUGUCCUGCAACCACCCGGGAGCCACUCUUGCUUUGUUGAACUCAUUCAAGUGGUCAGCGUGCCCAUUCAAGACAGAUCACAUGUCCCGCAGCCAGGAGAUCAUCGUGUGCGAAGUGUGGAGCCCGAAGACAGACCACUUGUUCAAAUCCUGCUUCUUCCCACCCACGGCUUGCCCUGCUGAGUGCUCAGAGAAGCUGACCUGAGGAAGAAACAUGGGUGUGCACCAGGGGGGAAAAGACACGAAUCUUUAUUUUUCACUGCCAGCUUCAAGAAAAGACAGUUUUUUCUACCGUUUGCAUGAGAUUUUUUUUACUCGUAUGUACUCAUGGUUAUAAACUGAAAUACGCCUCUGACAUACAGAGAAAAGGAGCGAAGUCCAAGUCCACCUUGCCCAGAGCCACCACUUCUGUCCAUCCCAACACUUUCAGCAGCUUUCCCUCCUGUGAGCCAAGGCGGCCACCUGCACAGGCUUGUAAAUGGUUCAUCUUUAAAUGUACAUAUGUGGAACAUUUAAUAAAAUGAGGGAAAUGGAUUUAUAAACAAUGUGGUUGUUUUCUAGGUGACCCGAUUUUAAAGGGCUUUCAGUCUGGGAGAUGCCUGAGACAUGAUAGGCUUUGUGGUACAGGUGUGAUAUUGGUUAUCACCUAUUUCUUCUUACCCCAUUUUUUAAUUUUUGUCUUUUUUCAUAAGACCUUCUCCCACGCUCCCCCAGCACACUAUAAUAUAGUGAACUGGAAUGCUCCCUCUUGGAACUAGCCUGGCCGGCUUUGAACCCAUGCAUGGCAUCUGAAACUCAAAUGAGGAUCAACUUGGGUUUCUCUGCCAGGAUUUUUGAUUUUUUUUUGUUUGUUUGGCCUGAUGCCAUUUUUACAAAAUACGGGCUUUUCAAGUCAACCCCUUUGCCUUUGAGAAAGUUCAAGCAACAGUGGUCAGUUCUACCUACAAUGACCUAAUCCUUCUCUUUGCUGGUUUCUGCCUUGGCAGAGCUGAGUUCCAGGCUUCUGAUACUGUAGGACUUUCUAAUGGGUGAUGAUUAUUAUCUUUUAAGACCAUAAAUCCCAACAGUGGACCAGAUGGGUUUGGCCAGGAUAUUACCUUUGUGGAUUCUGCCCGCAUGGCUUAGUAGUAGAAGGAAGGUUUUUUGUUGCUUUUUUUAUAUAUAUAAAAUUCAGUUUAAUCAAUAAACAAGUAUUUAUUGAC